GGGUUUUAGCUUCACACUCACACUCUCGAUCAAUCAAAUCAAUCAUGGCAGAGACCACCGUCGCUGAAAUCGCCGAUACCAACCCCGCCGCCGAGGACAUGGACCUCGAAACCGUCCCAGCCCAAAACUCAGACGAGGCCCAGAACGGCGAUGCCAACUCCAAGCGUGCCAGGGAAGAAGAAGAGGUCGGCGGCGAGGCGAAGAAGGCGAAGGUGGAGGAGAAAUCAGCUGAAGAGCAACGGUUGGAGAAGUUAGGGGAAGGUGAGAGCGGGGCGGGUCGGGUCACCUUGGGUCCGAAGAGUUUCGGUUCGGCUGUUGAGAUGUUCGACUAUUUCUAUAAGCUCCUCCAUUACUGGCCAACCGAUCUUAAUAUUAAUAAGUAUGAAUAUCUGGUUUUGCUCGAGUUGCUCAAGAAGGGUCACUCUGAACCUGAUAAAAAGAUUGGCGGAGGGAUUCAGGCUUUCCAAGUCCGGUUCCAUCCAUUGUAUAGAAGUAGGUGCUACUUCCUCAUAAGGGAAGAUGGAGCCAGUGAUGAUUUUAGUUUCAGAAAGUGUGUGGAUCACAUACUUCCCUUGCCUGAGAACAUGAAAGCACACGCUGAUGCCAACAAAGCCUUGGGCGGUGGUAAGGGUGGUGGGAGAGGAAGCUGGCGUGGCCGUGGAAGGGGCAGGGGCAGGUCAUGAUCAUAGUCUCGUGUGUCCCCCUACCUGGUGUUUGAGCUUAGCGCUCGAAGAAAAACUUGAGUUUAGCCAAGUGUAGGUUGGUUCAAAAUAUGAGUUUGAGUUUCCCUUUUACUAUAUCAGAAGUUAAAACUGUUGUAUUAUUCAAAUUUUAAUUAUUAAUGAAUUUUUCUGUGUUGCUUGGUGAUCA